CUGUUCCAAAAGCCCAUUAAUGAGCCCAAUUUGAUUUCGGGAUUCUACACUGCUCUGAUUCCAGCCGUAUGCUAAGCUGCUUAGCUUUCUCCCCUAAACGAACUCACAAUCUCAGUCUCAAACCAAUCUAAUCUCUCUCCCUCUCACUGUUCGAAAUGGCGUCGAGGAUUGCUGCAAGAUUUGUGGCUCGGACUCAGCGGAGCUUCUCAGGCAGUGGCAAAAUUCUAAGCGAGGAGGAAAAAGCUGCUGAAAAUGUUUAUAUUAAGAAAAUUGAGAAGGAGAAGCUUGAGAAGCUUGCUCGCAAGGGACCUAAACCAGAAGAAACAGCUACUGCGAGCUCUGAGGCGGCAGCCAAACCUGCUGCCCCGACGACCUCUGCUUCUGGAGAAUCAACUCAAAAAGUAUCAACCGACAAGAAUCGGAACUACGCUGUUGUAGCGGGUGUAGUUACCGCUUGUGCUGCUCUAGGAUGGUAUCUCAGAGGCAGUGAGAAGAAGAAAGAAGUGCAGGAUUGAGAAUGAUGUGGUCUUGUCUUUUGAUUAAUUACACAAUAACCACUGCAAGUCAUCUCUUCUGGUUUUGGAAUUGGAAGUGGUAGACUCACAAUAAACCUGACUAUAUCUUUGUUGUUCAAUAGAUAUAUUGAGUUGCCAAUAUAUCAUGACCUUUUUUUCUUGUCUAUUUUUGAAAAUAUUUUGAUUU